AUGGUUCGGCGACACACUCCCUCUCUCACCGUGCUUUCCCCUGACCUCCUCGCCGCUCUACUCCUUAGCGCGAUCUCCGCUCCCACCAUCUUUGUCCCCUCCACCUUCCAGGAGGCUAUCACCUGCCCUGACGCUGACAAGUGGAUAGCUGCCAUCUUCCUGGAAUCUCCGCUCGGCACCUGCUUCUCCCACACCGAAUUUUGCCCCUACGACACCCUUGGCACCUGCUUCUCCCACACCGACUUGUGCUUCCACCGACUCCCACCCGUAUGGCGCGGGUGUACUUUCUCAAACCUCCACAGCAGCACGGUAGAAUAUGCUGGCGUGGAGGCUGGGCGGGGCUGUGCGGGGCUGGGUGGGGCUGGGUGGGGCUGUGCGGGGCUGGGUGGGGCUGGGUGGGGCUGGGCGGGGCUGGGUGGGGCUGGGCGGGGCUGGGUGGGGCUGGGCGGUGGCAGGGCUGGGUGGGGCUGGGUGGGUGGACGAGGCUGGUUGGGGACUGGAGGGGCCUGGGCGGGUGCAGGGCUGGGUGGGGCUGGGUGGGGUGGACGAGGCUGGUUGCUGGCUGGGGGGGGCCUGGGCAAGGCUGGAUCGCUGUGGCCGUCUCUGUGGGCGGACGAGCAGCGGGAGAAGGAGGUGCGUUUCGAUGUCUGCCCCACCAGCGGACUCUUUGCCCCCACGGUGGCGCUGCACUGCUCUCACCCACGCCCCGUCCUUUCCUCUCCCUUUCCCACCUCCUUCAACCCUUUCCAUCCCGUACUACCAGAUCUGCACCGCACCUGCUUCUCGUGCACCGCUUUGCACCAACGUGCGCUGAGCUCGGCUCCUGCUUUCCCUACUCCAGAUUCUGACCCACGGGCUCGACUCGGCUCCGACACCAUGGCUGCAAUGCUCAUCCAGGCAUAUCGCUCCCCUCGCCAUACCCUCUACCUUUCAUCCCCCACUCCCCAGCUCCACGUUUGCUUCGCCUACACCAACGUCUGCCCCACUGAUUGCUGCCCAUUCAGUGGCGGCGCACUGCUGCAGCAGGUGCGGUGCUGCUGCGCUCUCGCUUCCUCUCCUCUUCCCACCUCCUCCAACCCACCAGCACCGCACCUGUUUCUCCUGCACUGGUUCCUGGCCCAUUGGGAUGCAGGCUUCUGGCCGGUGGAUGGUGCAUGGUGGGUGGUGCAUGGUGGGUGGUGCAUGGUGGGUGGUGCAUGGUGGGUGGUGCAUGGUGCAUGGUGGAUGGUGGGUGGUGCAUGGUGGGUGGUGCAUGGUGGGUGGUGCAUGGUGGGUGGUGCAUGGUGGGUGGUGCAUGGUGGGUGGUGCAUGGUGCAUGGUGGAUGGUGGGUGGUGCAUGGUGGGUGGUGCAUGGUGGGUGGUGCAUGGUGGGUGGUGCAUGGUGGGUGGUGCAUGGUGGGUGGUGCAUGGUGGGUGGUGCAUGGUGGGUGGUGCAUGGUGCAUGGUGCAUGGUGGGUGGUGCAUGGUGGGUGGUGCAUGGUGGGUGGUGCAUGGUGGAUGGUGGGUGGUGCAUGGUGGGUGGUGCAUGGUGGGUGGUGCAUGGUGGAUGGUGGGUGGUGCAUGGUGGGUGGUGCAUGGUGGGUGGUGCAUGGUGGGUGGUGCAUGGUGGGUGGUGCAUGGUGGGUGGUGCAUGGUGGAUGGUGCAUGGUGGGUGGUGCAUGGUGGGUGGUGCAUGGUGGGUGGUGCAUGGUGCAUGGUGGGUGGUGCAUGGUGGAUGGUGCAUGGUGCAUGGUGCAUGGUGGGUGGUGCAUGGUGGGUGGUGCAUGGUGGAUGGUGCAUGGUGCAUGGUGCAUGGUGCAUGGUGGGUGGUGCAUGGUGGGUGGUGCAUGGUGGAUGGUGCAUGGUGGAUGGUGGAUGGUGGAUGGUGGAUGGUGGAUGGUGGAUGGUGGAUGGUGGAUGGUGGAUGGUGGCUGGAGGAUGGUAGCUGGUGGGUAA